AUGUCUAUUUCUAAAACCGAACACAAUGCAUAUUUAGUCGAAUACUGGGAUACUGAAACCCUUAUCCUUCACCUGCAAGAGCAGGGCCUAAAGCUUGACGAUGAGGACUUCGCUAUUAUCCGCAAAGAAAAGAUCGUUGGCCUUGACUUCCUUGACUUGACCGAAGAAAAGUUCCGUAGUUAUGGGCUUGCAGGUGGACCAGCAAUGAGACUCGCAAAAGAGGCAAAUGCUCUCAAAACCGCACCGAAGCGUCCUUUCUCCUCAUACCGCAGUUUGAAAGAAGUGUUGGCGAAAUAUGACCUUAACAACGGGGUGACGAGUAUUCCGCAAUUUAAACCAGCCGUCCUCGAUAAUGACACAGAUUUACGCAAGGGGGUUAAAAGGGUGAUGGAAGUAAUCGUUGGUUUGUUAAAAGAUAGAGUAAUGAUUGAUAGUGCACCCGAUAUAAAAAGACGUCGAGUAGAAGAAAUCAAAAAGUAA